AGCGGCCAGACUCAAAGCGGCGUUGAAUUGUGGUCACAGACGCCCGGAGGACACGCGUUCGGGCGUGGGCAGCGAGUCUAGGGCGGUGCGAGUGUGUGGGGCAGCAGUGGGGCAGCAGUGAUGGCCACAUCAAUGAAGGAAUUGACAGCCAACGGAGCGAAAGUGACUACCGUCGCGAACGGAGCCGACGCAAGCGCGGCACCGCCCGCGGAGCCGACGACGCUAUCGAGCCCGCCCCACGCGGCAGUAUAUCCUGCUGGUCAAUGCGUUUUCGGAGAGGAAUGGACCGCCGCCACACUGGUCGCGAAGGAGCGCUGCAAGGAGACGACCGCCAUCCUAACCUUUGAGCUUCCGGACACGAGCAAGCCGCUGGGGCUCAGUACGUGCGCCUGUAUUCUCGCGAAAUUCGACCGCGACGGGGCGGCUGUGGUGAGACCGUACACGCCAAUCUCGACGAACGCCAUGAUUGGGCGGUUCGAGCUCUUGGUAAAGAUCUACGCCCAAGGCGCGAUGUCGCAGUACCUCGACGGACUCCAAAUUGGCUCCAGUGUCGAGUUCAAACACAUCCCGUUCAACGUCAAGGUGCAGUACCCGUUCGCUCCCAAGGUUGGAAUGCUCAUUGGUGGGACAGGAAUCGCGCCGAUGAUUCAGGCGCUCCACGCGAUACUGGGCACUGUCGACGACACGACGGCCGUCUCGAUGCUGUACGCAAGCAAGGUGAAGGAGGAUAUCUUGGCGCAGGAAACGUUGGAGGCCUGGGCCGCGAGUUCCGAGGGUCGUUUUACGUGCAAACAUGUGCUUUCCGAGGAGCCCGACGACUCGCCGUGGCCCGGCGCGCGAGGCCUCAUCACCCGCGAGCUGAUUGAGGCCCACCUACCGGCGCCCACCGACGACGUCGUGAUCUUCGUGUGCGGGCCGCCGGGCAUGUACGAGUCGCUCUGCGGGCCACGCAACGAGCCGCAGGAGCUCAAGGGAAUCCUCGCCGAGAUGGGGUAUACGGCCGAGCAGGUCGUCAAGUUUUAA